UAGGUAAAUGGAGAGUGUGCGUUGUUCCUAAGAAUUGGAACACGGCUGAAGAUGACGACCGGAAGUUGUCACUGCAUAAGAACAAGGAGCCAUGUUUGGGGAAUUGGGACGCAGCCUCACUAUGUAUUUCCGGGUUUGAAAAUCACAUUAUCACCGAAGAUUAAAGAUGGGUUUAAAUUUUUUGAUUAAUUACGAAUCAAAUCAUUGUACUCGUAUAUCAUAUUAUUAUUAACAAAUACUCAGACUGUAACUCCAGAUAGCUAAGCAUCAGAGAAUUUGCCGAACUACUAUGCCGGUGACGUCAGGUAGCAGUUCAGUCGAAUAGGUUUUCGUCGCUUUUUAGCUAUCGCAUAUCAAACGGAACGUGCCCAGUCAUCUACCUGUUUCCAUUGCAAUAGUUUAGUAUCCCUUAUUAGUUACAUCGAUUUUUAUUUGUUUAAUCUAUCCCAAGGAUGUACAGCGGGCUUCCCAGCGGUCUCUCCUACAGUGACUCUGAAUCCGAUUCCGAAGACUGCAAAACUCUUUCACAGAAUCAAACAGAACAGCAACACGAAACAGAAAAGAAUGAUUAUCAGCGCGAUCACAGUGUGAUAACUGAUCCUACAGAAAAGCUGGCUUCCAUUGACACAGAGGACUGCUUACCUGGAGUUUCUCCUCAGCUGUGGCAAAAAUUUAGAGAACUUAAGAAAAAAAACCAGGAGCAGAAGCUACUUGAAGUGAAAUGUAAAAGACGAAAGAGGAAUAAAAAAGGUGAUACAGCUGCCUGUGAAUUGGAGAAAAAAAGAAAGCUUCAAGCUGAGCAUGAAGAACAGUGGAAUAACCUUAAGCAAUAUUUCUCCAUAAAUGAUAGAUUCCAGCCUCCGCCUUGUAACAGAUCCAGUGUAAAGACAGGUCUAGAAAACAGCAUUGAUCUGGCCAUUACAGAAGGUGACUAUGGAAAAGCGGAGGAACUGAGUGAUAGACUUGCCACUAGAGAGCUGGCCGUGAAAAUUGCAAAAGCCACAGAUUGCCGUGACUUUGUGAAAACCAAACAGGAAGCAGCAGCUUCAGGGGAAGCCCAGAAAAAGAAGAAACAAGUAGCUUGGGGAUUUGAAGCCAAGAAAAGAUGGGAAACUAAGAGCAACAUGGGCUACAUGUGACUUCAACAUAUAAGAUUUCUAUAUAUAUAUAUAUGCAUUGCCUUUUUAGGGGAAUUUUAAGUUAAUUGCUUGAAAUACUGUAAUAAUUAUUUUAUAUUGUGCAAAAUGGUAUACCGAAACAUGAAAUGUGAUUUUUGUAUACAAGUAUGUAAUGUAAAUAUGUUACAUAAGAAACAGCUGUAAUGUACAGUUGACAGUGCUUUGUGUAUGAGGGCUUAAUUCAUAUGUUCAAUUCAUUCAUAUGUAUUGCUGUAUCUGAAAGAGAAACACAUCACAAUAAAUCACACAUUUUAUAAAAA